GCUUCCUUUCCAUCUUAACUCACACUGGCAAAUGCUCUUGUUUUUCCGACAGUCCAUGAACGUAACACUAGCCAUACUGGGAGAGGGUGCUACAUUGACUCCACCACAUGAAUGGCUUUUUGUUGGGCCUCCACUAAACUUUGCGGCCCGGGAGAGCUAGUAGGUAGUAUUUUGGUAACACUAAGAUUACUUGGCCGUUUGCAGGAAGGAUAGGUGUCAGAACACCCCGCUGUCCCGCUCUUCUUGGGGCUUCAGAGAUUAAGUAUUUUAGCAUAGUCUCCUCGACCUUAACGUUAUGCUAACCGGGAGUGAUACGCUAACGCUAGCUAGCUAGCUUGCUAGCAGCUUUAGUUCAUGUUGAGAGGUUAGUUGAGGAGUAGGAAUUUAAGAAAUGUCAAUUUUCAGUAAACAUACAACGUAUGUGAAAGUUUAGAGUAAACAAUUUCAAAAUGGACCUUAAUUUUUACUCUGACCUAUCGGAUGGUUGUGCUCAAAAUGUUGAUUCUGAGUUUUUGGACACCCAAGCAUAUGGUGAAUACUCGGAGGAAAACAAGUUUGCAGAAGGUAACGACAGUUACCUCACCAUCAGUGGAGCGGGCCACCCCUUUCUGUCCGCUGAGCAGACGUUCCAUACCCCCAGUCUAGGGGAUGAAGUUUUUGAGAUUCCCCCCAUCUCCCUUGAUCCAGACUCAGCUCUGAGCAUCACUGAUGCAGUGUCUCACUUUGAGUUGACAGAUGGGUCAGAUGGCACCGGGGGACCUUCGGGCUCCCGUAGCCUUGUUAGCAACCUGGUGGCCGAGGCCAACGACCCUUCCUUCGCUUCCACCUUUGUGAACUCUGGGUCUCAAGGCCUGGAGCAUCUGAACCUCAGGGCAAUGGGGCAAACUGGUGGGGGAGCCCUGCUGAGCUCGUCUGCCUUGGAACUGGGGAGUUCCAGUGGUUCACAUUUCAGCAGUUCGUCCCCCAUGACCAUUGAUGUUCAACUUGGUGACAUUGGCCAUGGUCUUUUGGGAAGCAGUCAGCUGACUACUAUUAAUCAGUCAGAGCUGGCCUUGGGUCUUGAGGGUGAAAACAUUAGGCAUCAUUCAGAGACACCUGAGCAGCCACUGUCAGCAACACCAUCUCCAGUUGGUUCCUUGCAGGAUGAGGACAUGGAUGACUUCAAGAGGAGUGUGCUGGUAGACUCCCCCAUGCCUCUCUCCUCAUCCUCUGUCCUCUCCCACAUAGCUCCCACAUCUUCUGUCUCCCCGGCUACAACCAGGAGGGGUGGGGGAAAGCCAGCCACACUGGCCUCAGUGACUGGGACGGUGGGUGCAAAGAAAGGAAGGAAGAAGAAAGACCCCAAUGAGCCACAGAAGCCAGUUUCAGCAUAUGCCCUAUUCUUCAGAGACACCCAGGCAGCCAUUAAGGGCCAGAACCCCAAUGCCUCUUUUGGAGAGGUGUCAAAAAUUGUGGCCUCCAUGUGGGAUAGCCUAGCUGAAGAACAGAAACAGGUUUACAAGAGAAAGACAGAAGCAGCCAAAAAGGAGUAUUUGAAAGCACUGGCAGCAUAUAGAGCCAACCAGCUCUCACAGCCUGCCACUGAGGAGAUGGAGACUGCACCUUCACCACCUCCACCUGCAGCGCUUCCCUCUGCUGGUCAGCAGGCCAUCUGCCCAGGUAACAACAAGCAGGAAGAGAACACCAUCACCAACAUCUGUACCUCCAACAUCAUCCUGGAUGUCCCGGAGAUGGCAACACGUUCCCGCACUGGUGCAAACAAAACCUCUGCUCCAUCAGCAGCAGUAGCAGAAGCUCCCCCAGCCCAGACCAUCACCAAGAUCAUCAUCUCAAAGCACAUGUUGCAGGCAGGGGGCCCGGUGGUGACUGUGUUGCCCGGAGGGGUCCGCACUUUGCAGCCUACACUCCUAGUGUCGGGUGCCUCUCGUCAGCCACCUCCGCUGCAGCAGAUGCAGACCACACCGCCUCCACCGCGGCUCCAGCAAAUGGCACCAGCUCCUCCACCCUUACAGGCCAAGCCUCGAGAGGGAAGCACCACACCAGGCCUCCCCGUGUCUGCCAUGGCUACACCUCCGCCUCCACUCCAGAUAAAAAUAGUUCCUGCAUCCUUGCUGGGGAAAGAGGUCCUGCCAGUUAUUGCCCCCUCUACAGAGGCUGCGUCAUCUACUGCAACUACAUCUGGCCAACCUGCACCUGUUGUGUCAGUGCAGUUGGUAAAUUCUGCUGAUGUGCCAGUCAAUGCAGAUGAGGAUGAAGUAACAGAAGUGCAGCCUUCAGAGGAGGAUGAGAUGGAGGUGAAUGGGUCCAGUGACGUGGCAUCUAUGAAGAGUGUGUGUGUGAGGGCGGGCUGCAACAACCCUGCAGUAGAGAGUGAAGACUGGGACAAAGAGUACUGCAGCAACGAAUGCGUGGCCACUCACUGCAGAGACGUGUUCAAGGCGUGGUGCUCCAUCAGGAGUCAGACCAUGGGAACAGUGAAGUAAAGUCCAGCUGCUCCUGAUCACGUCAUGUUUUUCACCAGGUGACAGUGUUAAUAGUUGGAGGGUAGAUGUAGAAGUGGGGCAGUGCAGACGCAUGUCAUUAUUCUUCCAUUGUUUUUUUACGUACUGUGGGUUUGACAGUUUGUUUAGGACAAUAAGCAGUAUAAAACAGACAAAGGCACUGAAAUAGGCCCACCUCUCCAAGCAUUCUAACUACAGACACCUCUGCUGUGGAUACCCAAUACUGGACUGUACACAGCUUUUAGUCAGGCAUGGAGGGAUUUCAAGGCAGCUGCAGAAAAGAUCAGCAGUGCAGAAGAUGGUCAAGACAAUGGUAUUCUCCCUCUCUUUUUCUUUUUUUUUAUUGAACCUGACAUCAGUUUCUGUCUUGUUUACUGUAAAUUAGAACUUUUGAAAAAAGAUAAAGUAGGUGAGAGGUCUUGGCUCUGACUGACAUUUCUUACAACAGGCUGUCAGUGUACAGUCCUCCACUGUCUGGUCUGAAAUUCACACACGUGUUUUGGUGUUAAGGUCUCCUGUGUUAAGCGAGAAAACACAGAGCAGUGUCCGUUCCUUACUCAGCUGAAAAAUACCUUAAUUUGAGAAGAAAACAUUUUGUAUCACCAUAUACCUCGUUUUUGUACUGUUUGCGAAUGUUGGUCUUCUAGGCUUAAUACUGCCUUCUUUCUUUUGAAACUGGUUUCAGAUCAUUGUCUGUGGUUAAAAAUGCUUGAUAUUCAUAGUUUUUUUUUUUUGAAUAAACAGGCAAAAUUGCUCAA